ACGAACACCGCCCCGCCAGGCCAGUCAGCGGGUCGUCAGCGGCAGGUCGUGUUGUCAGUGCUCGGCGAGGUCGUCCACAUGGAUUACUGGGGAGACGGAGACUGCCGCGGAGAGAGUGUCAAGAAAGAUGUCAAUCCGGUGGGCUACAUUGCCGGCGGGGACUUGGACUUCAGGAAAAGGCCAAGGCCAAGACCAGUGAAGAAGUCAGGGAAGAGCCUCUGCCUUGCUUAUUUCCUGUGGUUGGUGGGAGGAUGGUGCAGCCUCCACCUGCUGUACCUGAGGCGAGACCGUCAUGCAGUGGUUUGGUUCACAAUGUUUUUUGCCUUUUGUGGAUUUGGACUGUUGCGAGACUUUGUCCGCAUCCCAGAAUACGUUCAAGACAUUAAUGAAGAUCAAUCAUACAUUAACAAGUUAACAUCAAAGAUGAAAAAGUACAAAAAGCCACCCUUCAGCUUAGCAAGGUUUGUCUGUCAAAUCUUGGUGGGGAACUCUUGGAGCUACCUAUUAGCAAGUGCUGUGCCUGUGGAGCCAAUAUUUGGCAUCACCAUCAGGCCACUCAUCCACUUGGCUCCUAUAGGAGCAGCUAUAGCUGUGUGGAACAUUGGAAAUAUUGGAAGGGAGCAAGGGGGUUUAAAAUGGGCCCUCAUUGGUGCCAUGGCCCUCAUUCCUGCCUCCUUCAUGAACCCAAACUUUUCCAACUUUAGUUCAGUUCUCUCUGCCAUCCUCUUCACCUGGAAAGGAAAAGAAUGGCGAAGAACACCGUACCCAAACACUUCUCUAUGCAAACGUAUGGCAGCUCUAUUUGGGGCUGGGCUUAUCUUCACAAGUCUGUGGGCUUCUCAACUGUACUUCAAUGCCACAUUGACAGACAAAAAUGGAGAAAAAAUCAAGCUGAGAGAUGCUGCUAAAAACUUUUUGAACUCUCCAAUGUUCCUUGAGUUCAAGAGAAAUGUGGGAGAGCUGUACAACAACAUAUGGGAAUAUGGCUGGAGCACUGCAUGGAUCAACUUCGUUGAACUUCUUGAUCCGCAAGGGGAAAUGCAUGCCUUGAAGGUGUUGGGCUUGGAGAAAGGAGCCAGUCAAGAGACCAUCAAAGCUACUUACAAAGUACUCGCCCGGGAGUGGCAUCCAGAUAAGCACAGAGAAGGAAAAGAUGAAGCUCAAGCCAGGUUUGUGGAAAUCCAGGCUGCCUACGAGAAGUUGUCGGCCAUUAAGAACCAACGAAAGUUAAGAAACAAUCUGAAAGCUGAGAGGUAAAGUCUUCUGUAUUUAAUUUGAACACAGUCUUGUUUGUAAUUAUUUGCUGUAGCAUUUAGGUGCUGAUUGUCCAUAUGAUUUAAAAUGCUCUGUAGAAGAAAUUAAAAAUGAUUGUGUUUAUUUUAAUGGCAUUGUAAUCUUGAUUAUAAGAUUAGAUUCCUUCAGGGUUGUGUGAUAACUGUUAAGUUUUGAUCCAUAUGAUUUAUUUUUGUUCCACAUGUGUUAUGCACAGGUGAUAUUCAAGAAGUAAUUUUGAAUUAGUUUAAGUAAAUUAUUUGAUCCAAUAGAUUAUUGACUAGAUCAUUGUACUGUAGAUGUAGAUAUUUAUUUGUGUGAAGUGUCACAUUCCAAAGAGUAUCAGACAUUUUUGUUCUAAUUCAUGUCCAUGUCUCCAGCACUUCAUUCUUUGACUUUGUCAUUGAAUUUGUAUACAAACUAUUUAUUGUGUUUGUGUGUGUCAUUCAUUGACAAUCUUGAUUAAAUGCUGGACUUGUUAGCUUGUGUGUGUGUGUGUGUGUGUGUGUGUGUGUGUGUGUGUGUGUAAUUCACCACGGCCUGAUCACGAGUUGGACUCAUCAUCGCUAGCAAGUACCCUCCCAACUGUACUGGAAUGUCACAUGUGACUGGAAAUGUAUGCUUGUGUUUAUUUGUUGAUGUCUGUCUCCAGACAUGCUCAAUGCUUCAUAAUUCACCAAGGUUUUGAUUUAUGCUAAGAUUAAGCUUCACAAAAAGAGCACAUUCCAUUCACUUAACUUUGAUACUUAAUUAAGUUACAAUGCACAAAAAUGAAGCCUCUGUACUUACAUAGAAAGCAUCUUCAAGAGAUGUAUGCUACAAAAAAUGUUUGCCUCUUUUUGAAGUGAGAAAGAAGUUGAUCAGUGUGGACCACUUUCCCUAAAGGUAGUUUGGUUUGGGUACAAAAUAAUCCUAAAGAUAUUUUUACAUUUCAUUCCUGUCUUGCCAUUUGCAUUUAUAUGAUUGGCAUGAAAUUUUCACAUAUUAUUGUGUAUAUCUUGUUGGCUUACUGGAGAAUGAUCAGGCAUCUGGGCUCGGGGCACUCCUGUGUAGCGCGAGUGCCGUGGGAGUGCCUCACAGGAGUGCCUUGCUUCUAGGCUACUCUCUUGCUUGUUUUCUGAGGUUUGGCCACUCCAUAAGCCCUCUUGAUGUUGGUGACUUUUUCUGGUUGCCUUGCGCUUGUACAUCAUUUGUAAGGAGUUUUUUUUUGGCUGGAGAGGAGAGAAAAGUACGACAUACUCUUUUCGUCUGUGUCUCGCUUGGCACUGGCGCGGUGGCACCUCUCUUCCUCCCCUGCCUCUCCGCACGAAGAAGAGAGGAUGACAGAUGACAAAAUUUACGAAGAAAUAAAAUAUUCUAAUGCAAUUUUUACGUAUAUACGAAUGAUACCGCAUAUGUUUACAUGAGCGUCUUAUGACGCGCAUGUCCGACUAUGACGCAAAAGCCCCCCCAGGGGGGAGGGUUUUUAAUUUUACGAAAACAAACCUCACCACAUGGCAAUUUAGGGUUUCCUGGCCACACUGAGCGAAAAACAUGUUCUCGUCCGAUUUUAAAUAUAUUCGUCAAUAAAUACCCCGUAGUCGCCUCCCUUAAAGCAGUGGGCUAUUAGAAGGGUGUACAUUUUAUUUUGAUGCGGUAUUGUGGUAUUUGAACAUCAGUAAAUGUUGGGUGAUUUCUAAUUCCACCAGUAACAUGAUUUGCUGAAACAAUGGCUGUUGCAUGCAAGUGAAUCAUAUUAAGAUUAAGGAAGAUAUAUAAAUCAAAACCUUGGUGCUUUUUCACUUUCAUAAAAGUGAGUGAUAACUGUGGUACCAUCCUCUCAUUGGAUGACAAGAGAUCUGGUAACUGUGACAAUGAUAGGAUAGCAAAACAUAACAUGUAUAUUAUAUUUUUACAUGGCAUGAUUAUACUCCAGUAUUAUAAUGUA